UGUAGCAUACGCCAAAUAACCUGUGCGAGGUUCAAAAGUUGUGUGUGUGUGUGUGAGAGAGAGAGUGUGUGUGCGUGUGUGCGCGCGUGCGCGUGUUGUCCGCUUUCCAUGGUGUUGCUAUAAAGCUGUGCUGCAGUCUCUUAAAAGGAGCACCAUGGCGAUGUGGAUUCAGGCCCAGCAGCUGCAGGGUGAGGCGCUGCACCAGAUGCAGGCGCUGUACGGCCAGCACUUCCCCAUCGAGGUUCGACAUUACCUGGCCCAGUGGAUUGAGAGCCAGCUCUGGGAUUCUGUGGAGUUGGAUAACCCAGCAGAGGAGGCCAAAGCCAAGCGUCUGCUGGACAACCUGGUGUCUGAGCUGCAGAGGAAAGCCCAGCUUCAGGGAGGAGAGGACGGCUUUCUGCUCAAGAUCAAGCUGGGCCACUAUGCAAACCAGCUCAAGAGCACUUAUGACCGCUGUCCUUUGGAGCUGGUGCGCUGCAUAAAACACAUCCUGCACUCAGAGCAGAGGCUGGUUCAAGACAGUACAAAUGCCAGCUGUGGCAGUGGGGGGCAAGCCAUGGACACCCUGUCGCAGCGGCAUCAGCAGAUCAACCAAGCGUUCGAGGAGCUCCGCCUGGCCACGCAGGAGACAGAGAAUGAACUGAGGAAGCUGCAGCACAGCCAGGAGUAUUUCAUCAUCCAGUACCAGGAGAACCUGCGCCUCCAGGCUCAGCUGAGCAGCCUGGCUUCACUGCCUCAAGCCGAGCGCACCCAGCGGGAGACCACCUUACAGAGCAAGAGGGCCACUGUGGAAGCCUGGCUCACCAGAGAGGCCAGCACACUACAGAAAUACAGACUUGACCUGUCAGAACAACACCAGAAGACCCUGGCCCUGCUGAGGAAGCAGCAGACUCUCAUCCUGGACGAGGAGCUCAUCCAGUGGAAGAGAAGGCAGCAGUUGGCUGGCAACGGGGGUCCUCAUGAGGGAGGACUGGAUGUCCUCCAGUCCUGGUGUGAGAAGCUGGCUGACCUCAUCUGGCAGAACCGGCAGCAGAUCCGACGCUGUGAACAUCUUACUCAGCAGCUUCCUCUGCCGGGGCCCAUGGAAGAACUGCUAACCAAACUCAAUGCUGAUAUCACUGACAUCAUCUCCGCCCUGGUUACCAGCACCUUCAUCAUUGAAAAGCAGCCACCCCAGGUAUUAAAGACCCAGACCAAGUUUGCAGCCACGGUGCGCCUUCUGGUUGGAGGGAAGCUCAACGUUCACAUGAACCCACCGCAAGUGAAGGCUGUUAUUGUUAGUGAGCAGCAGGCCAAAGCUCUGCUGAAGAACGAGAGCACACACAGUGAAAGCAGUGGAGAAAUCCUCAACAACAACUGUGUGAUGGAGUAUCACCAGGCCACCAGCACUCUCAGUGCACACUUCAGAAACAUGUCACUGAAGCGGAUCAAGCGUUCAGACCGCAGAGGUGCAGAGUCAGUGACGGAGGAGAAGUUCACGGUUCUGUUUGAAUCACAGUUCAGCGUUGGAGGCAACGAGCUGGUCUUCCAUGUUAAAACCUUAUCGCUGCCUGUAGUAGUGAUCGUCCACGGUAGUCAGGACAACAACGCCACGGCAACAGUCCUUUGGGACAACGCCUUUGCUGAGCCGGGCAGGGUGCCAUUCAUUGUGCCAGACAAGGUGCUGUGGCCCCAGCUGUGUGAGGCCCUUGAUAUGAAGUACAAGGCAGAGAUGCACAGUGGGCGUGGCCUGUCAGAGGAUAACCUGGUCUUCCUGGCACAGAAAGCUUUUACAAGCAGCAGCAACAACCCUGAAGACUACCGUAACAUGACUAUAUCCUGGGCCCAGUUCAACAGGGAGAGCUUACCUGGACGCAACUUCACCUUCUGGCAGUGGUUUGAUGGAGUUGUAGAGCUCAUGAAGAAACAUCUCAAGCCUCACUGGAAUGAUGGGGCCAUCCUGGGCUUUGUUAACAAGCAGCAGGCACAGGACAUGCUGAUGUCCAAACCUAACGGCACCUUCCUGCUGAGAUUCAGCGACUCUGAAAUUGGAGGCAUCACCAUCGCCUGGGUGGCCGAGAACCCAAACAAGCCAGGUGAGAGGCUUGUCUGGAAUCUGUUGCCUUACACAACAAAGGACUUCUCCAUUCGCUCUCUGGCUGAUCGUAUCAGUGAUCUCAACCAUCUUCUGUUUCUCUAUCCUGACCGGCCCAAAGAUGAGGUCUUCGCCAAGUAUUACACCCCUCCACUAUCAAAAGCGGUGGAUGGAUACGUUAAACCACAGAUCAAACAAGUUGUGCCAGAAUUCACCACCCCGAACCCUGAGCCCAGUGGAGCAACUCCCACCUUCAUGGACCAGACAGCUUCUCCCUCUGUGAGCCACCCCAACAACUUUGGUGUCUACCCCCCAUUGAGUGACGCCAUGUUGGAUGCAGAUGGAGACUUUGACCUGGAGGACACCAUGGACGUGGCUCGUCAUGUGGAGGAGCUGCUCCGUAGGCCCAUGGCCAACCAGUGGAGCAGCCAGCAGUCCUGAAGCUGCUGCUGCUGCUGCACACUUCCAGGUCUUCAUCAUGACUAACAGAAACACCCUCGCUCUUAAUCUCUACUAGACUGUAACCACAACAAGACAUUUCCUGUCUGUAUCAGUCACUCUGGCAGAUCCACAUCACUGUUCACUAUCUGUCUUCAUGUUUAGCUGCCUGCACCAGAGUUUUGGGAGAUAACAGGUGUGAUGUUUGAAUAUGUGUGUUUGCUUGCCUCAGUGUGUCUGUAGAGAGGACACACCUGACAUCAAAAGUUUGACAAAAGGCUGAUGUCCUCUCCGGCUUACUGUAGUUUCUCAGGGCUGUAUAGUAUGGAGUUAAUUUUGGGAUUUUUAUACAAAACUGAGAUACACAGUUAGUUUUUUAUGUAAGCUUUGCAUUCAUAUGAGCCUGACAAGCUUUUAGCUGGCACUGUGAGAGACUAAUGAUCUUUUCCUUCUGUACAGGCGACAUCGUAAAUAUGACUCAAUGCUGACUAACUGUCUAGUAAAUCCAUUAAAAAACAAGAUUUAAAGCAAGACUAUGUAACUUAGGGAACAGCAGCCAACUUCCAGGAUAAUAGAAUAUGCUUACAUUUCCCACAAUUCUCAGUCAGACAUAUAGUAGAGCGUAUAUAACUGUGUUUUACAGAUUAUUGAUACUAGUAGUAGAUUAUAAGUGGACAGAGUUUUAAUUGUACAGGCAAAAUCUUUGAACUUAUAUCAUGCACAUUUAUAUUAAAGUAUGGUGAUAACUUAUUUUGUGAUAAUCAAAUGUGCAACUAGACUGAUAAAUGCUGCUCAGUGUUCAGUGGUGUUUGUGAAUGAUUUAUGGACAGCUGGAGAGAUGAACAGUGAAAUCACAAAGCUGAAAUGAGUUUUAUCAGCGUUUUCAGAGAAUAAUCAACAUCCUUAAAUCCUUACUCUGCAUUUCUCAGCAUUGUGAAAGUUCCGCUGCAGCUGAACUAGUGAAGUGACGCAGCAGCAAACCUCGGAUAGUGACACAGUGUGAGUUUACGGCUCAUUCAUUUUCAUAAGAGAAAGAUUUGUUUCAUUUAACAGUUCCAUAGUCUUGCUUUAAGUACUGAAAAUGGACAUUUUAAUCUCUAACUAAUAUUUUGGUGCUUUCUGUUUUUAUGCUUAAUUGCCUGUGUUACAGCUGCUCUCAUGUUCAAAUGGUCCUCAUGAAGUCAGCAACUACUUAUUCAUUUUAACAUGUUUCUUUUUGUCACUUUGAGAUUUCAGUACAAAUGUUGGUACAACAUGAGUUUUAAAUGAUGUUUAGUCAAUAGUAAAGCCUUAGAUAAUGACCUAAAAUCCCAAAUAUCCUGACAUCAAUCCACCGUCGUACAGAUCAAGCCUCCAGUGUGUAACAUACGUUUCUCAAAGUCCAAACCAAAUGUACCACAUUUUACCCGAAAGUCCCUCAGAGCCACAGACAUGUUAGCACAGUGUUUACAGGCUGUACAGACUGCAGGGGUCAUGUGGUACAAAAAGACACAGAUGUGGAAAUACACACUCACAGAUUGCUACAACAAGUGAACACAUUUGCAAUUGUUGUGCAAUUUUUUUCUAUUCCCUUUUUUUUGCACUUGGAUCACCUAGUUGGAGGGAAAAAAAUAAAAAUACUGCAAUAAUAAUUGGAUCAAGAUGUCCUGACUUUCAGAAUAAAAGGGUUGGGGAGUUAAAGUAGUGUCAUUAGUUAUUUAUAGUCAGAAGAACAGCACUAUAAUAUAUUCUCAUCAAUCACUCUGAGCAGCAGCUAACAUGCUUCAACUUGUUUUCAGUCUUUCUCACAGCUAUUCUGUGUUUUGUAUAACUAAAUGUGACCCACAUUAAAUAAAAAAGAUUUCCCAGAGAAUUACUUUUAUUCUGAGUAUGAGAUACACAUCACUGCAGUUUAACAUAGACCCUUAUACAGUUUACUAAACUUAACUGAGGUUAGUAUGCACAGCACAGUUAAUUAAUCUAUAUGUGCUUGUGUUCCCACAUCAGUGCUAGUUCUAUGACACGACCCCCCUGCAGGCUCAACAGUCCUCCCCAAAAAUCUGAGGAGUUUCCCUCCAACUGCGAGCCAGUCAUCUUUCUAUCUUCUUCUGGAAUCCAGUGCAGUGUUUACAGGAUUUCACCCUCAGUGUACAUGGAAAGUUAUUGAUUGUGAUCGAUAUGAUUGAACAGGUGGUUAUUGUUUCACUCCUCUAAUGUACUGUACGAGCUGCCUGACUCUUCUCUUCUUAAGCUUUAGUGACUGAGACUUCAAACUCUUCAUUCUUCAACUAUAAAUGUCUAAUAGAAUAUUUAAGGCCAGAGGCUCAACCACAACCACUCAGCUCCAACAUUUAUUGUUGCUUAGUAAACAUUGCAGUAUUUGGCAUCUUAAACAGAGCACGCUAUCAAAUGAAACCUUCAGUGCUUUCCAUGUGCUGUGUUGUAAUUCAGUGGAGAAUGCUCAUACCUCAUAGAUUUGUGUUAAUCAUGUGUUUUAGCACUGCUUCUCUAACUGCCAGAGUAUAAUCAUACCAUAUUUACCCUCAUCAUCAUCAUCAUCACUCUGUAUAUAAAGCUUUUCAUAGAUUCAUGUCUGCUGAGUUCAUCUUUAUUUUUCUGUGAAGCUUCUGUCUGGAGAUGCAGAGGCCAUAGAUCUGUCUGUGCCUUGUGGAUUGUUAAGGGACAGCAGCACCGUCCACACAGGACAUUUUAAAGCCAUUGUCUUUAACACUGCACUUCUCUCCCACCAGCCUCAAACAAAGAAAUCUCUAGAAUGCCAUUUAAACACCAACAAGUCACCUAGAAUGAAAGUGAACACAGUAAAAAGCUCAGGAAAACACGCUGUGAAAUAAAGGUAGAUGAGUCCAACUCAACCAAAUAAUAAAUAACUAGAGUGUAGAUAGGAUUACUUCUCUGACUCUUCUUCUAACUUGUGCCUAUGUUGCUUUUUUUUUUUGUAAAAUUGUUGAAUAAAACGAUGAAAUACAAACUUUUAAUCAUCUGCUAAAUCAGCAAAAAGUGAACAAGCACUCUGAUGCUCCCACCAGCAGCUGUCUGAUGUUCUUAGCUAAGGCAGUAUUCUGUUUGUAUUUGAAUGGGCUCCAUGUGAGCGUUUAUGUAUGUGUGUGUCUUCAGUGUAAUUCAUCUUUUCUAGCUGGCUGCUGUGCUGUGUUUGCUGGCUCUUUGUAGGCUCUGUGGCCUGUUUGGGAAUUUCUUAUGAACUUCCACGUUGUGCAACAUUUUGCUGGAAGUUUGAUGUUGGGAUUGCAGAUAUGAAAAUAAACCCUUUUCUAAU